CCGGGCCGGAGGAGCGCGUUCCCGCCGGGCCGCCUCCCGCGCGCCGGGGGCCUGGCACCUCCGUCUGCCCGGGCGCGGCCCGCUCCGUGACCCCCGCGGCCCAGGCCGCUCUUGGCACCUCGACUCCCUGACCACUGGCCCCGGCCGGGUCCGAGGGCCCGAACGCGACCUUGGGCCAGCCCUGCGCCCCCGGCCGGCCCGGUCUCGGCUACGCACUGGAGCGCCUGGAGCACUGGGUCCCAGCCGCGCUGAGUGCCAUGAGUUGCUGAAAGGGAGCCUGGCUUUCCAGCUGCCUUGGGGCGUGGCGUCGGGGGCACAGAGCCAUGUCGGACCUGCUGCUGCUGGGCCUCAUUGGGGGGCUGACUCUGCUGCUGCUGCUGACCCUGCUGGCCUUCGCCAGGUACUCAGGGCUGCUGGCCGGGGUGGCAGUGAGCGCCGGCUCUCCCCGCUUCCGCAAUGUCACUGUGGCCUACAAGUUCCACGUGGGGCCCUACAGCGAGACGGGGCGGCUUUUCACCGAGAGCUGCAGUGUCUGCCCCAGGCUCCGCUCCAUCGCCGUCUACUAUGACAACCCGCACAUGGUGCCCCCCGAGAAGUGCCGCUGUGCAGUGGGCAGCAUUCUGAGUGAAGGGGAGGAGUCGCCCUCCUCUGAGCUCAUCCAGCUCUACCAGAAAUUUGGCUUCAAGGUGUUCUCCUUCCCGGCACCCAGCCACGUGGUGACAGCCACCUUCCCCUACACCACCGCCCUGUCCAUCUGGCUGGCUGCCCGCCGCGUCCAUCCUGCCCUGGAUGCCUACAUCAAGGAGCGGAAGCUGUGUGCCCACCCUCGGCUGGAGAUCUACCAGCAAGACCAGAUCUACUUCAUGUGCCCGCUGGCCCGGCAGGGAGACUUCUAUGUGCCUGAGGUGAAGGAGACAGAGCGGAAAGGCCGGGGGCCUGCGGAGGCCAGUGAUGCCCAAACGGACGGCACAGGAGCUGACACGCUGAGCGAUGGGAGUUCUGUGAGCCUGGAGGUGGGUCCUGGCAGUCGGGAGACGUCCGCGGCCACACUGUCCCCAGGGGUGAGCGGCCGCAGCUGGGACGACAGUGACACCCGCAGCGAGCACAGCUACAGCGAGUCGGGCGCCAGCGGCUCAUCUUUCGAGGAGCUGGACCUGGAGGGCGAGGGACCCCUGGGGGAGCCCAGGCUGAGCCCUGAGGCUGAGCCCCUGGGAGCUCCCAAGUGGCCCCGAGAGCUCAGUACCCCUGAAAAAGGUGAGGAGUAGCCCAUGGCCCCAUCCUCUGUGCUGCAGUCACUAAGGAACUGACCAGACUCUUCAGCCUCCUCCUCCUCCACCUUCCGGGCCCAGGCGAGGGCCAGGGGUCUCAGGGGACCUGACUUCGACCCCGGCCUCUAGCCAAGCCCUGUCCUCACUGCCCUCUUGGCUCCCAGGGCAAAGGAGCAGGGACUGUUCCCUGCCCCCCGCCCCGGGCUGCUGCCUCUGUUACAUCUUUUUUCAGAUUCACAUUGGAGCUUCCAGGAACCAGAAUAAAGCAAAAGAUUUUAUUGUUGCA